AUGCUCGUCUCCUCCUCGGCCUACUUGUCAAGCUUCUCUGCUGGUCUGCGUGCCCUUGUACCGGCGGGCGAUGCAGUAGAGACGAGUGCGAGCUCGAGCAAGACAGACACCGUCGAGCUCUCGCCUGCAGCAUGGCAGCUCCUCCUCGAAGCAUCAGACUGGUCUGCUCAGACCCAUGCAGCCCCCACACACAGUGCUGUUACAGAGAAGGAUGAGUUCUUCGCUGCGCCCCCUUCUGCUCAGCCGAGCAGACUUGGCUUGGCUCUGAGACGAACCUACCCGGAAGCUGCACAGUCACAGCUGCCCUGGAGCAUAGGCAAUGAACGCCCAUUGCUCUGCUGGGCAGUACCGGCUUCGAGUGCCACACGCAAGAGAGUCAAGAGAGAUGAAGUCCUCCUGUUUGCCUCGCCUGAACUACUUGCAUUGCUCGACGGACCCUCGACGACGCUGCGAGCGAACAGAGAAACGGGCGGUCCCCGAACGGAGCUGUUGCUCUGCCCAGUCAAGCCGCUCGCCUUGACAUCGAUCGUCAUGCUCGCAGAUUCGGAAUCGAGCUAUGCUCGGGCGCAGGCCAACUCUGACGCACUCCAGACCGCGCUCACAAGCUCGGAUCGCAUUCUACGCCAAGGCCAGUCGCUCGCGAUAGCCACGAGCCACGAGGACAACAUAGGUCUCACUCUAGCGCUACUCGAGCCCGUCUUGCAGGGUUAUGCAAUCCAAGGCAAGACAGAGAUGACGCUCUUGCCAAGCUUACCCGCAACGAGGCGCGUCUCACGGCGUUCGAGCAGAGCGCACUCGAUGUCAUCCGAUCAGGACUUGCCUACAAGAGCAACGCUCGUUAAUGGUAAUGGGAAAGAACGCGCAUUGGAUGAGGUCAUCGAACACAGCGAAGAUGACUUAUCUUCAAGCGACUCUGGCACGUCCGACUUUGCCCCAGAUGAGGACGGAGACCCUUUCGAAGUUGACGAGAGCUUCCUCGCAAGUACAGUGCUCGACGUCGCCCCACAAGUUGUGCAGACCAAUGGGCAUGCAGAAGAAUCAGCGGCCUUGACGGAGUCGACUCUUGAAUGGAGACCCUUACUCAGUCCGAUACCCGAAGGCUUGCUUGCUCAGUCGAAUGCCGGCGACAGCCUCGGUGCAGAUAGCGAUGCUCGCGUGUAUGUGCGCACACGCGAAAUGGCUCGACUCGGGCUCUUCAGCGGCGAGUGGGCUCUUGCGGGUCCAUCCGAUCAGCCCACCUCGCAACGGCUCGUCAAAGUCUAUGCAGCCGACGGUGUCGUCAGAGACUUGGAAGCGCGAUCGAGGACAGUCCAUGCAUCACCUCUCUUGCUCGCCAAUUGGGGCAAAACAGCUUCCUCUCGAAUACUUCGAAGUCUUCACUGUCCUCAGCGUAGCAUCGCCCUUCCUACCGCCGAAUCAGUCGAGAUUGCACGGAUAGCGUCCCCGCAUGCAGUAAACAGACAGUAUCAGCAUCUGUUUCUCGCUGCACUAAAGACGGACUUGGAGAAAACCCAGCGCCUGGUCAAAAAGGGUGACAUCAUCGCAGUCACCAUUGAUGAAGAGGACGCACGACGUGCAUUCACUACUUCAUCAUCACAUGAAUCACAGGCAAAUGAGAAGACGGAUGAUCAUUCACAGGAUCCCGAAUUACAAUUGCCCCUAUCUGCUUCAAACACGAGUGGUCACAGUACCGUCUAUUUCGUCAUCACCAACGUCAUCUUUGAUGCGAGUGGCCGUCCAAACAGGACAGAUGCAGAGCGCAUAGCUUGCGGCGAGUAUGGAGCCUAUCUCGAUUCCGGCAAGACCAAAGUCUUGCAAGCUGGUGUCGAGCAUCGGUCUGUACCCGACUGCGCGUCCUACCUCGGCAUAUUCGCUCCAGACUCCACUCAUGCUAGCUCAGAAGCGCGCGCCAAGCUAUGCGAAUACCUCCAGGCUGCGUUGCGGCCAUCAUCAAGCGAAUAUGACCUCAGUCUCAGUGUGCUCGUCAAAGGCGCGAGAGGAAACGGCAAGCGGACUUGUGCACGCUCAGCGGCGAAAGAAAUUGGCUACCACCUACUCGAGAUUGAUUGUUACGAGCUUCUGGGCGACACGGAUGCAAAGACGGAAGGACUGCUGCAAGCUCGAUUUGAGAAGGCACGAUCUUGUGCACCUUGCGUAUUGCUCCUUGCCAAUGUCGAAGCCCUUGCGCGCAAGAGCCAAGCUCUCGAGACAGGUCAAGAGCCCGUGAUCGCUUCUACUUUGCAGGCUUGUAUCGAGUCUAUCAAGGAAGGCUGGAAAAGAAGCGGCGCGCCCGUUGUGAUUGUCGGUACCACCUUUGAUGUUGACAAGAUUCCGCUCAGUGUGCUGGGCUGCUUCAAGCAAGAAAUCAGCAUCGAAGCUCCGUCGGAAGCUGAACGACUGGAGAUACUCAAGCGCGUAACCAGCAAUGAUUGCGUUUCCGCAGACGUUUCUUUGCGUGCGCUUGCAGUCCAGACUGCUGCACUCGUCGCCAUCGAUCUCGUCGAGCUUGUAGCCAGAGCGCGCACGAUAGCAUCCAUGCGCGUAAUCGCCCAGAGCCCGAACGCUCAUAAUUCAGAUGUUGAAUUGGCGGGUAUGCCUUUGAUCGGCCCAGACUUCAACACAGCUCUCGACCAGGCGCGCUCAAGCUACUCAGAGUCAAUCGGCGCGCCUAAAAUUCCAAAUGUCACUUGGGACGAUGUUGGCGGCCUGGCAGCAGUCAAGAACGAUAUCCUCGACACGAUACAAUUACCGCUUGAUCACCCGGAGCUCUUUGCAGACGGGCUUAAGAAGCGCUCAGGCAUUUUGCUGUACGGCCCACCGGGUACGGGCAAGACGCUGCUUGCAAAAGCAGUCGCGACCUCGUGCAGUCUCAACUUUUUCUCCGUCAAGGGUCCAGAGCUCCUGAACAUGUAUAUUGGCGAAUCAGAAGCCAACGUUCGGCGGGUGUUUCAGCGAGCUAGAGAUGCAAAGCCUUGUGUCAUCUUUUUCGACGAGCUCGAUUCCGUCGCGCCUAAGCGUGGCAACCAAGGCGAUUCCGGCGGUGUCAUGGACCGCAUCGUCAGUCAGCUUCUUGCAGAACUUGAUGGUAUGGCAGACGGCAAAGGCGGAUCCGACGUCUUUGUUGUCGGCGCGACGAACCGGCCAGAUCUGCUCGAUCCGGCCCUGCUCCGACCAGGCCGAUUCGACCGGAUGCUCUACCUGGGCGUGAGCGAUACCCAUGACGCCCAGCUGAAGAUCAUUCAGGCUCUCACGAGAAAGUUCAAAUUGCACCCGGACACGGAUCUGCAGCGCAUCGCAGAGAGCUGCCCGUUCAACUAUACAGGCGCAGACUUCUAUGCACUCUGCUCAGAUGCCAUGCUGAAAGCGAUGACGCGGACUGCCGAAAGCAUUGAUGACACUUUAAAGGGAAUCAAUGCAAGCCGGACGACGCCAAUCAUGCCUCAAUACUACCUCUCGGAGAUGGCAAAACCGAGCGAGAUCGAGGUUCUGGUCUCUCAAGGCGACUUCGAAAAUGCUCUAGCUGAGCUCGUGCCGAGCGUUUCCAAGGCAGAGAUGGCUCACUACCGCACCAUUCAAGGACGCUUUAGUGGCAAAGGCCCGGAACCCGAGCAGCUCAAUGGCCAUGCCGAUCCUGCGGCGAGCCAAGCACGGCCAAAGGGCAAGGGGAAGGGCAAAGCGAAAGCGUAG